AUGCACCCACUCCGACUCCCAGCAGCAUUGCCAUUGUUGGCCACAUUGUCAACCCUCUCCCUACUCAUUUCGACAAGUCUCCAGAAUCCCGUCAGACAGCGACAACCGGACCUUCUCGUCUACCCCGGCUACUACAGUUCAGAAGAUUCGACCGUUUUGUUAAGACCAGUGAAACGAAGUCAUUACAUGGAAGUCAGCGAUGAAGUGUGCGAAUUGAAAAAGAAGGCGAACGUCGUGUUAGCACAGGUCUUGGAAGAGGUGUGCGCGUUAUGCCACGAGCUGUAUUCGCAUAGCGAGGCCAAUGUUCGGUCACGGUGUAGAGCAAAUUGCUUCAACAACGAGAUGGUGGGCAAAUGUAUGCAACGGUUCUCGCCAAAAGACUUCAUGAAUCCCGACAAUUUCGAAUUC